GGCUGCGAGCUUGCUCCUGGAUGUGAGGUGUAGUUUCGUGCUGGUGUGCGCUCCGAAGGCGGCGUUGAGAUGAGGCAGAAGAAGAAAGGAAGUGAACUCAGGGCCUCGCCCUUACCAGGAGAUCUCAGCCCUGCUGAGCUAAUGAUGCUGACUAUAGGAGAUGUUAUUAAACAACUGAUCGAAGCCCACGAGCAAGGGAAAGACAUUGAUCUCAAUAAGGUGAAAACCAAGACAGCUGCCAAAUACGGCCUUUCAGCGCAGCCCCGCCUGGUGGAUAUCAUUGCGGCAGUCCCUCCUCAGUAUCGGAAGGUCUUGGUCCCCAAGUUAAAGGCAAAACCUAUCAGAACUGCCAGUGGGAUUGCUGUUGUUGCUGUGAUGUGCAAACCCCACAGAUGCCCACAUAUAAGUUUUACAGGAAACAUAUGUGUCUACUGCCCUGGUGGACCUGAUUCAGACUUUGAAUAUUCUACCCAGUCCUACACCGGAUAUGAGCCAACUUCCAUGCGAGCUAUUCGUGCCAGAUACGACCCUUAUCUACAGACGAGACACCGGCUAGAACAGUUAAAACAGCUUGGUCACAAUGUGGAUAAAGUUGAGUUCAUCGUCAUGGGUGGAACUUUUAUGGCCCUUCCGGAAGAAUACAGGGAUUAUUUUAUCCGAAAUUUACAUGAUGCCUUAUCAGGACAUACUUCCAACAAUAUUCACGAGGCAGUCAAGUAUUCUGAGAGAAGCCUCACAAAGUGUAUUGGAAUUACCAUCGAGACCAGGCCAGAUUAUUGCAUGAAGCGACACUUAAGUGACAUGUUGACCUACGGCUGCACAAGGCUGGAGAUCGGAGUGCAGAGUGUGUACGAAGAUGUGGCCAGGGAUACCAACAGGGGCCACACUGUGAAGGCAGCGUGUGAGUCAUUCCACCUGGCCAAAGAUUCUGGUUUCAAAGUCGUGGCUCAUAUGAUGCCUGAUCUGCCAAACGUGGGACUAGAACGCGACAUUGAGCAGUUCAUAGUAAGUUUUUUUGAGAACCCUGCUUUUCGCCCUGAUGGUAUGAAGCUCUACCCCACCCUGGUGAUUCGCGGCACGGGGCUGUACGAGCUUUGGAAAUCAGGACGAUACAAGAGUUACUCUCCUAGUGACCUGAUCGAACUGGUGGCUCGGAUCCUAGCCCUCGUGCCUCCAUGGACUCGAGUGUACCGAGUACAGAGAGACAUUCCGAUGCCCCUAGUCAGCUCGGGAGUGGAGCAUGGCAACCUGAGAGAGCUGGCGUUUGCAAGAAUGAAAGACCUUGGGAUACAGUGUCGGGAUGUGAGAACCAGAGAGGUUGGAAUCCAAGAAAUUCACCACAAAGUACGGCCAUACCAGGUUGAGUUGGUGAGGAGAGACUAUGUUGCAAAUGGUGGCUGGGAGACGUUCCUGUCCUACGAAGACCCUGAUCAAGACAUUCUAAUUGGCCUGCUGCGGUUGCGCAAGUGCUCGGAGGAAACCUUCCGGUACGAGCUGGGCGGAGGUGUUUCCAUAGUGCGAGAGCUGCACGUGUACGGAAGUGUAGUCCCUGUGAGCAGCCGGGACCCCACUAAGUUUCAGCAUCAGGGGUUUGGCAUGCUGCUGAUGGAGGAAGCAGAAAGAAUAGCUCUGGAAGAACACGGGUCCGGGAAAAUAGCUGUCAUAGCAGGGGUUGGCACCAGGAAUUAUUAUAGGAAGAUUGGCUACAGGUUACAAGGCCCGUACAUGGUGAAGACGCUGAAGUAACGGCCACAGCAAUUCCCCCUUUUGUAGCAUCCUCCCUGGUGGACGACAGCAGAUGGGCACAGCAGACAGACUACCCCACCCCACCACUCGCAAGGACUCUCACCUCGGCCUGCGGCCACAGAUACUGGAAACUGCCUUUAAAGCCCAGCCACAGGCGCCCGGAGGUCAUUUCUGUUUUUAAGGCUUAAGUCAUUUCUCUGGUUUUCACAUUCUGCAUGUAGGCAGCAGGUGACCUCUUUGUACUCAGUGACAAAAGCAGAUCAACUCAUUUGGGCUGCGUGGCACGGGGAGUAGGACUUCUGAUGCACAUUUAGGGAGCAGCCUCGGGAAGCUAUUUACGUACUCUAGGGAUCAGAGUCGGGUCGGGAAGCAUAAAAAGCAUCGCACUUGCCUCUCUGGCCUGUAACUACAUAAUGCAUUCACGCAGGAGUUGAGAAAAUGAGCUUUUGUGUUAAUGGAAUUCAUUCCUGGUACUGUGCUGAUGCUUUGACAUAAGGCUGAUGGGGAAAGUGGAGUCAGGCUCAGGUUUUGUGUCAAACUUGAUGGCAGCUGUCGCCAGCCCCUGCAUCCCGGAGCGUGCCCUGCCCUGGGCCAUCAGAGCCUCCUGGCCCUGCCGCGACUCUGUACUUCUCACAGCCCAGUGAUGGCACCCGAGUGCCCUGGGCUGUCCGUCCCUCUGUCCUCAGCAGGCAGCAUCCAGUGGCCAGGGGAGUGUGGCCCUCAGGCAAGAGUCAUCUCCAGUUGCAGAAGCUGGUCCCUGCAUUUCAUCCUUUAAAGUACAGGUUGGUUUGUAUUAAAAGGAGAAAGAUAAAACUUCACCUCACCUGUGAAAGCAAAAAGUAUGAAUGGGAAUUGGGCUCAUCUUUGAAAAUAGGGGGGUGACUGGUGUUUUCAGAGGCGCAUCUUAUUACAAAGCUGCUUCUCCAGACCGCUGGGUAUCCUGGGAAGGAGCCUCGGCCCGCACAGGGGCAGCUCCUGUGGGCGCAGCAUGGCUUCACACUGAGCCCCAGUUUCUGCGUCUCAUUAAGUCUAAAGCCCUGACAAUCAAAUGUUCACAUGAAGUAGA